AUGGCGGAUAAAGAGGAGCAGGCGGGCGGAGAGCAAGAUGAUGUCUCGUUUUUGAGAACUGUGAGUUUUUUGGGGAACAAUAUUUUUGUCAAAAAUUAAGGUUUGGUGGUAUUCUUCGUCAGAAAUAUCGGAAAAUUUUUGAUUCUCAUCGAGAAAAAAAUGAGAAAGUUUUAGUCUCAAGUACCUAUGUUUUUCGUUGAAAAAUCAAGUAUUUCUCAAGCUCAUAAUUGUGUAGUUUUUAAAGGAAAAACGUUCUUGUUGAUAGUGGAACAAUUUAGCGUGUGUCAACCUAUCGAAAUUAUUAGAAAAACAAAUGCAAAUCUCCACACACUAAGCAACCUGUAAACAAACGGAGUAUCGUUGUUUUUCCAUUGUAAAUUUUUGAGAGUUCAAACGAAAUAAUUGUUUUCUGCUAUUGUAUAUAUAUAAUAUUUCAAGCUUAAAAAAAUAUAAUUUAGCGGAAUCUGAUUUCAAGUAUUUUUCGCAGCCUACUUUCACAAGGAUUAUUUAGAAUUUUCACUUCUAGUUUGCAGAACUUUGAAAAAUGACUAAUUUAUUGUUAUUUAUCCAAUGAGAAUAUAUGUAGCAACUUUCAAAUACCAAUCUAAAUUUUUUUUCAAACAUUUUCGAAAGCAUUACAAACUUAUUGUAGAAUUGCAAAAAUAUUUAAAUCCACUUUUUUUUCAAAUAUUGUCACAUGUUCUAAUGACUCUUAAAUCUCACCAAACUUCAAGUAAAUCAAAAAAACAUCUUGCAACCCAAUUUUUGUCCUUUUUCUUUUUCCCACGAUCUCUCUUACCUCAAUUUCUAAGUGCUUCAACCAAAAAAAUUCCCAUUUAUUUCAACAUAUCCGGAAAUGAUUUCAAAAUGACUAAUUUCCGUUUUUUGUUUUGAGUUUUCCAGGUAUCAAAUGAAUUUAUCACGUAAGAUUGAUGCUCAAAAUUAUUUUUAGAUUUUCGAUAAAAAAAUAAGUUCACAGGGAUAAAUAGAAAAAAUUGAGAAAAACAAACAGGAUUUUCAGUCGUAGCUAAUCAAAAUGCACCAAAAAAAUCCAGGAAAAUCCAUCACUCUUAUUUCAUUUCGUUUCAUUUUUUGCAUUCACUCCUUCACUCUUCUCUCGUUCUAUUUUUUCGUGUUUUUAUGUUUUUCUCAAUGAAUACGAAAUCACCCCCCCCCCUUUUCCGAAUUUCUUUUUACUCUCUAGACACUCUUUUAAUCUAAAUAGUUUUAUGCACAUAUUUAUUUUUAUUUAUCACAAGAUUUAUUCAAAGAUGAAUGAUGUUUGUAAGCAAGAAAAAAUAACAUAUUUUUUGAAAUGUCAGAUAAAAAAAUGCUCAAAGAGACGCAGAGAUAAAUUCCUAGUAGUUGCAUACAUAAAAUAAAACAACAUUUUAUUUAUUUUUUAUUUCUCUCUGUUUGUUUCUAAUUACAAUUGGAUAAAUUCUAGCUUUUUUAUCCCUUUUCUCAAGAGUUUUUUUGUUGAAUAUCCCCUGAGAAAUAUAGAUCAAUCAUAAUAUUUUUCUCCACUGUACAUAUUUUUAAAAUGUUCCAGUGUUUUGAAGAUUUUCUUUAAAAUGAAAAUAUAAAAUUCAGAAAAGUUCACGCAAAUCUUUUUUUCAAACUUUCAGUUUUUAGAAAAAUUAUUCGACGUCAAAAGUAUUUUCGAAAUUUCAAUCAAUCAAACAAUUUCAAUUCGUCAAAACUCACGGUUUACAAAAAAAAUGGAUAAGCAUUUUGGAAAAAAAGUCACGCGAUAAGAAUUUCCAGAAAUUUCAAUUUUCUGAAAAAAUUGUCAAACUUCAAUCACUCAAAAAAACUGACGUUUUGUCAAAAAUAAAAUUAAUUUUGAAAAAAAGGUCACGCAAAAGGAAAAAAUUGGUUUUUCAUUUCUCAAAAAAAUUUUUCGUUAUGGAUUUUUUUCUGUAUCGAAACCUUAUUUAUCAUUAAAACUGAUAAUACUCAAACAAAUCUUCCAAAUUUUUAUUAAAUAAAUCUUCAAAUACCAGGAGCAAAUUUUCUCACUUGUCUCAAAAAUUGGUAUUUUUCUUCUCGAAACAUCAAAAUUUGACUGCUCCAAAAAAUAUAGGAGAGUGAGAAAAAACUAAUUUUUAAUAUCCUAAUAAUCUAUUCCUUUCUCUCCAUUUUUUUUUCAAAAUUUUUUUUUUCGCUGCCUCGCGCAUUCAUUCCUCACGCUUUUUUGUUCAUAUAUAUCUAUGUAUAUAUAUAUAUCUCCACACUCGUAUUCGUUUGUGCUCCAAAAAAACUUUUUGCUAUUUUACCCUCGUUUUUUCUUCUGUUUCUUCGUCGUUUUUUAGUUUUGCUGUCCUCUCCUCUCACAGCAUAACAACAACAACACAAAAGAGUUGCUUUUGAGCUCAAUUUUUGAACAAGUGAAGAAAAAAUGUUGAAGCGGUGACGAAAAAAGAAAAAAGAAGAACAAAACUGCCAUUUUAUUCGAGUUUUGUUGUCAGCAAUUUUGAUUAUUUUUCAUCUCUCUCUCUCUUUCACUAUUUUUGUCUAUUCGUUGAAAAUGAAGAGUUAGAGUAAUUAGUCAAGUUUUGAGUGCACUAAAAACUUGUUUGAAAAAAUUAAAUGAAAAUCUACACUGUGACGAAAAAAAGUAUCCGCUUUCAUCGCAAACUCUUAAUUUUCUCUAAUUUUUUGAAUUAUUUUUGGAAGACUUGAGCAUUUGCAGAAUUAGAAAACACGUGACAAAAAGUGUUCAAAAAUACUAAUCCCUAUUUUGAAGUUCCUACUACUUCCUAGAACUAACCAAUCAAAAUUUGAUCUUUUACCAAUAAUUUUUGUUUUCCUGAUCUUGCCUAGUCGCAACCUGUCAAGAUUUUUUCAUGUCCGAAUAAAUAGUAGCACAAGCUGUUUGAGUUGCGCGAUAUCUUUUCCCAUCUUUUAUCAUUUUUAUUAAAUUUCAUUUUAUGUCAGAGCUCGAUAAAAAACAAAUAAACGCAAUUUGUCUUUCGUUUAUCUCACUCCCUCUCACAUUUUUUUCAUAAUUUUCAAAAAGUGAUUUUUUCGUUGCAGAAUAGAUUAGUUAUUGUUGAUUUUAUUUGUAUCAUAUAUGUUAUUUGUAAAAUACAAUGGAUUAUGAUUUUUCCGAUAUUUCUGAUGAGGAUCACAAUUAUGUGACAAAGGUAAACACUAAAGUACAUCGGGAGUUGAAAAUUUACGAAAAAUUAUUUCACAGCAUUAAUAUUUCAGGGAGACAUUGUCUGCUUAUCAUGCGUCGCUUCGCAUAAUCGAGAUGGUGUUCUCGGUUCAGAGAGGUAAACAACCAUUUCAAUUGACAUUUUUUUAAACUAAUAUAAUUUUUUUGUAGAGUAUGCUUGUGUACAGAGGGUUUCGGUAACCGGAUGUGCACAUUGGAAAAUGUGUCGGAUAAGGAUAUUCCGCCGGAUAUUGCUAUGUGUAUGCUAUACAUUGAUAACGCACUAUCAAUGAGAGCAUUACAAGAAAUGAUGUCGGCUGAUAGUGAUCAUGUGAGUUACAAGAACUUGAAAUUAGGAAAGCAAAGAUUUUGAUGAACAAUUUCUGAGUUAUUAACUGAAUUGCGAGUCGAAAAAAAUUAUUUUUUGAGACAAAAAACUAAUAAAACUUCCACGUCACGAGAAAUUGCGAAACAUUCCAAGAAAACAAUAUUUUCAGAAAUCUGCAUCCGGCGCGGGUGGACAUAAAACACUUCUAUACGGUCACGCAGUGCAAUUGAAACACGUUCAGAGUGAAAUGUUUCUUGCCUGUUUGUCUUCGUGUUCAUCAAAUGAUAAAUUAGCCUUCGAUGUCGGAGUUCAAGAAACAAAUGAAGGUAAGAUCAUAUUUUUCUAACCUGUCAAUGCACCACCAUAAAAAUUCUAGGCGAAGCUUGUUGGUGGACAAUCCAUCCAGCAUCCAAACAAAGAUCGGAAGGAGAGAAGGUUCGCGUUGGUGAUGAUGUCAUUUUGGUAUCUGUCGCCACCGAAAGAUAUCUUCAUAUGGCAUAUUCCAAAGGGUAUAUGGUUAUUGCAUCUUUCCAUCAAACACUUUGGAAUAUUCAAUCAGUCAGUUCGGGAAGUAUGCGAACACGUAACAUGGGUUUUCUUUUCGGUAAUGAUGUGUUACGAUUAUUUCACGGAAAUGAUGAAUGUUUGACAAUUCCUGAAAAUUGGAGCGAGCAUCCACAACACAAGUAUGUUAUUAUUAUUUUUUUCUAAACAAGAAUAUUCAAAUCAUACGUUCUGAUUUUGCAGCAUGGUAAUUUAUGAGGGAGGCGCUGCUGUGACACAAGCUCGCUCGUUAUGGCGUGUCGAAUUGGUGAGAAUGAAAUGGCAUGGAGCACUUGUUGGAUGGGAGCAGGUGUUUCGAAUCAAACAUAUCACUUCUGGUAGAUAUCUUGGUUGCCUUGACAAUGCUGUUCAACUUUAUCAUAAAGAAAAAGCUGAUUUUGAUUUGACAGCAUUUGUUAUGUGCCAAAACAAAGAUCCGAAAAAACAAAUGUUGGAGGAAAAAGAGGAAGAAGGAAUGGGAAAUGCAACAAUUCGAUAUGGAGAGACAAAUGCAUUCAUUCAACAUGUUAAAACACAAUUAUGGUUAUCUUAUCAAACAUCAGAAGUCACCAAAAAAGGAUUAGGAAAAGUUGAAGAGAAAAAAGCGGUAGCUUUGAAAGAUGGCCACAUGGAUGAUUGUUAUACAUUUUUCAUGGCUCUUGAAGAAGAAUCAAAAUCAGCUAGAGUUAUCCGAAAAUGUUCAUCAGUUCUUAACCGAUUUUUGAAAGGUAUUGAAGCUUUGCAAAAUGAAGGAAAUCAAUCAACUGAUUGGACAAGAGUUGAUUUGAAUGAAGUUCUGAAACUUAUGGAGGAUUUGAUUGAAUAUUUUGCGCAACCAAAUGAAGAACAAGAUUUUGAAGAAAAACAAAAUCAUUUACGCGCUUUGAGAAGUCGACAAGAUCUUUUCCAAGAAGAAGGAGUUUUGAACAUGAUUCUUGAUACAAUCGACAAAUUUUCGCAAAUGGAAGCGCUGCCUGAUUUUGCUGGUUUGAUUGGAGAAGAAACUCAUGUAAAAUGGGAACAAAUAUCAACAUAUUUAUAUCUUCUUGUUGCUGCAAUGAUUAAAGGAAAUCAUUAUAAUUGUGCACAAUUUGCGUCAGCUCAAAGAUUAGAUUGGUUGUUCGGAAGAUUGAGCAAUCCACAAUCCGCUGAAGGUAUUCUUGAUGUAUUAUAUUGUGUAUUGACAGAAUCACCGGAAGCGUUGAAUAUGAUUAAUGAGGGACAUAUUCGAUCAGUUAUUUCGUUGUUAGAAAAAGUUGGAAGAGAUCCAAAAGUUUUGGAUGUUUUAUCAUCAUUGUGUGAAGGAAAUGGGAUGGCUGUGAGAAGUUCUCAAAAUUUGAUCACUCAAUAUUUAUUGCCUGGAAAAGAUCUAUUACUUCAAACAUCAAUGAGAGAUCAUGUUAGUAGUAUGAUGCCAAAUGUUAUGUUAGGAGUUGUUGAAGGAUCAGCGCUUUUUAGAAAAUGGUAUUUUGAAGCUGAAGUUGAACACAUCGAAACAAUGACAAAACAAUUGCCAUAUCUUCGAGUUGGAUGGGCAAACAGUGUUGGUUUCAAACCAUUCCCUGGAUCUGGUGAUAAAUGGGGAUGUAAUGGUGUUGGAGAUGAUUUUUAUUCGUAUGGUUUUGAUGGAAAAUCAAUGUAUUUUGGAGGAAAAUCAAGAGUUCUUGGACACAAGUUAUUAGAGAAAGGAGAUGUUAUUGGAUGUUCAAUUGAUCUCACAAUUCCUGAAAUCAGAUUCAGUGUGAAUGGAAAUCCAAUGAGUGGAUCAUUCAAAAACUUCAACAUAGAUGGAUAUUUCUUCCCAGUUAUGUCGUUGUCCUCCAAAGUUUCAUGUCGAUUUAUUCUUGGUGGAAAUCAAGGUCGACUUCGUUAUGGACCACCUUCUGGAUUUUCAGCAAUCGUAGAAGCAAUCAAUGGUGAACUUCAGAUCGCCGAUUGUUUAUCAUUUGGAGAUCUCGCAAAAAACAUCUAUUGCGGCCCACAAACAAUUUUCAACAAUCUGGAGCCAUUCAUUCCAACUCCAGUUGAUAUUUCAACCACUCAAUUGACCCAUCAUGCAACUGAAUCUCACAUUAAAUAUGCAGAAAAUCUUCACGAACUUUGGGCGAUGCGGAAAAUUGAACUUGGAUGGUCUUAUGGAGAAACAAGAUCAGAAACAAAUAGAAGACAUCCAUGUUUAACAACAUUUGAAAGACUUCCAGAAACUGAAAAGAAAUAUAACAUCGCAUUGGCAUUAAGUACAAUGAAAACAAUCGAAGCCCUUGGAUACCAUUUAAUUACCGAUGAACCUCCUUGUCGUCUUCGACCAGUUCGAUUAGCACAAACAUUCCAACAAACUAAUGGAUACAAACCUCAACCUCUUGAUACUCAUGAAAUUGUACUACCUUCCGAACUUCAACCAUUGAUUGAAUCUCUUGCUCAGAACACUCACAAUGUUUGGGCAAAAGAAAAAAUCAAACGAGGUUGGACAUUUGGAUUAAGCGAACAUGUUGAUUCAACACAAAAAAGAACACCACAUUUGGUACCGUAUGAACAAGUCGAUGAGAGAAUCAAACAAGCAAAUCGCGAAUCAGCUGCUGAGAAUAUUAGAGCACUUCAAUUAUUUGGAAUAUUUUUGGAACCACCAGCACAUGAACAUGAUGAGAUUGCUGAAAAAGAAUUGCGAGCAAGAAAAGAUAAUACAAGAACAUAUCGAGCUGAAGCAACUUAUGCUGUAAAUGCUGGAAAAUGGUAUUUCGAAUUUGAGAUUUUGACAGCUGGAUAUAUGAAAAUCGGUUGGAUGGAUAUUGGAUCAACACCUGAAAUUCAACUCGGUGCUGAUGAUCGAAGUUAUGCAUUCGAUGGAUUUCUCGGGAGAAAAUGGCAUCAAGGACCAGAAAGUUAUGGAAAAGAAUGGAAAAUUGGAGAUGUUGUUGGUUGUUUCCUUGAUCUAAAUGACAGAACAAUCAGUUUCUCACUAAAUGGUGAACUUCUUCUCGAUCCAUCUGGAUCUGAAAUGGCAUUUGACAAUGUUGUAUGUGGAGAUGGUCUUGUGCCAGCAAUGACUCUCGGAAGUGGUCAACGUGGUCGACUCAAUUUCGGGCAACAAUCAAAUUCUUUGAAAUUCUUCACAACAUGUGGUUUACAAGAAGGUUAUGAACCAUUUUGCGUAAACAUGUAUCGGUGAGUUCAAAAAAAUACAUGUUAGGUUUUUCAAAAACCCAGAAUUUUUCAGAACUAUGCCAAUGUGGUUUGCGAAACAACUUCCAAGAUUCGAGGAUAUUUCCGAGCUCAAAUCAGGUUCAAUUUUGGAAGUUUCAAGAAUUCCAGCAACUGGAAACAGUCCACCAUGUUUGAAAAUUUUGCAAAAAGCAACAUUGUCUGAAGGAGGACCAUCAGAAAAAGCAAAAAUGGAAUAUAUCAGGUUAUCACUUCCAGUUAAAUGUAAUGAUACUUUCAUAAAAAACAAGUAAGUUGAAAUAUUGUUAUGGAAUAAGAUGUAACACUUAUGUUUCAGGGACAAAGAUGCUAUCCGUCGUCAACUUCAAGACUACAAACCUCGUUCUCAAUCAGUUGUUUCCCAAAUUCGUUCUCCAGGAAUUCCCAAAGAAUUUGAUGACAACAAGGAGAAAAAAUCUUUUCUUCGUAGUAUGUUAGGCUCAAAAGAUUCACACGAAUCAGAUGACGAUCGAAGAUCUAGAACUAAUUCGAAACAGCCUAGUAUAGAAGCCGACGAACCACCAGCAGUUAGGUAAGUUAUUUUCACAUGCUAUUGGUUUUAUUUUAUUUACGGUUUGGUUUUUAUCUGUCUUUCACCCAUUUUUUUAAUAUAACAUACAUAUAACAAAUAAUCUAACAUGUUUUUUUUCUGCAAAUUAAUUCAAUCCCCGGGUUACAGUCAGCGUCGACGUGUGCUUACACUAAUGAAUUUUGGAAUGUACUCAUUCGAUGAAUCAGUUCUCACAUGGUUACAUGUGAAUGAGGAAGAUCAUAACAAAUGGCAGGAUGUUUUAAGGUUCUUCAUACUAAAAACAUAGAUUUAUUUACAUAUUGUGGCACUUGCACGCUUUGUUGCUUCUCGCUUUCCCCCCUUCCUGCACUUGUCCGCUUGAUUAUUUUAGUAUUUUGAGGAAAUGAAAAAUGUUUAUUUUCAGACGUAGUCUACUGGAAUUGCCACACGAGGAGAGACAAUUAGCAGAAGAACAUUUGAGAGAUAUUUCAACUGAAAGAAUUCAAGACAAACCAAAGAAAGGAGGACUUUUGAGUAGAUUGAGGGAUUCGAGCAACACUAGAAAGAAGUAAGAACUAACCAACUAUAGAAUAGAAAACAAUUAAUAAUUUAAAUAUGUUUAGGAGUUUUAGGGAUAGUGAUCGACGAAAAGAAGACAAGGCUGCUGCACUUCGACAAAUGAAAAGUAACUCGAGAAGUUUUGAUGCUGGAAGUCUUGAUACUUCUAACAUUCCAACCGGUCAGAAAGACGUUUUAGGUGAGUUUGAAAACACUUUGAGUCUAGAACUACAAGUCUUACAAUUAGUAUUUUUAAAAAAAUUCAGAAGAAGAAGAACCUAUUUGGGUUCUGCGACAACAAGAAAACCCACAAGAUUCAGAAACUGUUUCUGAUAUUGGUAAGACCCCGCCUUCUCCUUGGCUACUUUCUUCCUUCCCCUAUCUUAAAAAACUGGCAUGAGCAAGCUUAAAACUAAUUAGAAUUCUUUAAAAUUAUCUGAAAAUGUUUUGAAUUGUGUUGUUUUCAGCAUCGAGUGAGAUGCCGUUGUCUGGUCCGGGAAGAACAUUGACAAUCAAAAGAGGAUCAAUUAAAAAGAAUAAAAAACAGAAGAAAGCUGAAAUUGCAGCAAUGGAAAAAGAAAAAGAGAAACGAGGAUCAACAAUUCCAGCUGAUGCUCAAAUUGAUCUUUUACAAGAAGGAGAUGGUCCAGCAUUGAUUGCAUUGAAAGAAAAAGUUGAUGAAUUCUAUUAUGGAGUUCGAAUUUUCCCUGGACAAGAUCCAUCACAAGUUUGGGUUGGAUGGGUUACAACACAAUAUCAUUAUUAUAAUAGUAAUUUUGACGGAAGUCAAGGUGUUCGAAAAUGUCGAUUCUCUGAAUCUGAUCAUCACGGAACAACGGUUGAUAGUGUUCAAUCUCAAAACUGUUAUAUGGUAAAUGUGUCAGAACUUCUUGCAACUACACCAGAUGUUGCAAAUACAAAAGUAUCUGGAACACUCAUUGGUUGUAUCAUUGACACAUCAAUUGGUGAACUUAGUUUCCAAGUUGGAACAUCUGAUACAGGAAUUAAAUUCAAGGUUUGUAAGAAUUUUGUUGAAAUCUUGAAAAAUUAUUGUUUUUUUUUCAGAUUGAACCUGGAACAAUGUUAUUCCCAGCCGCAUUUGUAACUCCUACUGCAACUGAAAUUCUACAAUUUGAACUCGGCCGUAUCAAAUACACAUUCCCACUUUCGGCGGCAAUGUUCAAAUCAUGUGAAAAAUCAUUGAUGCCAUUCUGCCCACCAAGAUUAACUGUUGAACAAAUUGAACCUGUUUAUUGGGCUCGCGUUCCGAAUGAGACUUUGAGAACAACUGCACUGAAAUUAUCAGAAGUUCGUGGAUGGUCAGUUCUUUGUAAUGAUCCAGUUAGAGUUAUGAUGGUUUAUAUACCCGAAAAGGAUCAAAGUUUUGAUAUUUUGGAAAUGAUUGAAAUGCCAUUUAUGCUUGAGUUCCAUCGACAAACUCUAAAUUUGUACUGUAAAUUGGCAAGUCAUGGAAAUCACAAAGUUGCUCAUACAUUAUGUCAACAUGUUGAUGAAGAUCAAAUUAUGUAUGCAAUCAAAUCACAUUGUAAGAUCUCAUUAGUUUUUUUUUCUUAUUAUACAUAUAAAUAAAACGUAAUUUCAGAUCUGUCUGGACCAAUGCGUCAAGGAUACCACGAUCUUUUGAUCGGUUUACAUUUGGAAAGUCACACCGCUGCUCGUCGAAGUAUGUCAAAAGAAUAUGUGAUUCCAUUGGUUGAACAAUUACAAAUCAAAAAUGUUCUGGACCCAGAUAAUGAAACAAGAUUCCCACAAAUCACUGGUGAAUCGGUUUCAAUGUUAUCUCAAAUGAGUCAUGAAGUUGUCAAAAAACAUGUUAGUCGAGAUGAUGAAAUGAAAUUACAUUCACCGAGUGUCAAUUUUGAAGCAUUGAAGAAACAUGUUAUGGAGGCUUUGAAAUCAGAAACUCAUCACGCAGUUAUGAAUUGUCGUGAUUUGAUUGGUGGUGAUAAUACAAAUCAUUUUGAACCACUUUUGAAACUAUUUGAUCAUCUUCUUGUUAUUGGAUUGAUUAAUGAUGAAGAACUUGAAACUUUGUUGAAACUUAUUCAUCCAGCUGCAUUUGAUGAGAAUUUCGAGAUAGGAACAACUCAAAAAGGAAUCACUCAACUCGAAUUAGAUGAACCCGUAAAACUUCAAGUCGUAAAUAUUCUCGAUCAUCUUUGCGAUAUUCAAUUGAGAUAUCGAAUUGAAUCACUUGUUGCAUUUACUGAAGGUUUUGUUGGAGAACUUCAAUCAGAUCAAUGUAAACGAUAUAUGGAAAUCAAGCAAACAGAUAUGCCACCAGCUGAAGCAGCAAAGAAAACAAAGGAAUUCAGAUGUCCACCAAAAGAACAAAUGUUCCGAUUGUUGAUGUGUAAAGUGAAAGAAGAAAGAGAUCCAACAAUGAGCGAAGAAGAUGCCGAUGUUGAUCAAUGUCCAAUGGCUGAUUCACUUCAACAACAACUUCGAGAUUUUUGUGAAUUACUUGUUGGAAAAAUUGGAAAUCGUCGUGAAGAAGAUUUGGAAGAAUUAUCACUUAUUGACACCGAAGAAGCAUCAUGGGUUGAUUCUUUGGCUCGAAUUGUUGUAAAAGUUCCACCGCCAGUGGAAGAAGAAGAAUUAGAAAAGCAAAGAAAAGGAACUGCUAACUUCCGUGAAAUGAUUGUAUCGAUGUUGAGAGAUUGGGCACAAGCCAAUUUCAUUGAAAGCAAUGAUUUGAUUCGCUCAAUGUUCAAACUAUUACUCCGCCAAUAUUCUGGAGUUCGUGAAAUUCGAGAUGCGAUGAGUCAAACUUAUGUUUUCCAUGAGAGAAACUUUUUGGAUGUUCAAGAUUUCAUUGUUUAUUUAAUUCAAAUUCGAGAACUUCUUACUGUACAAUUUGAACAUACAGAAGAAGCUAUUUUGAAACGUGGAUUAUGGAAACUAAUGAACAAUCGAAUAUUCUUCCAACAUCCAGAUCUUAUGCGACUUUUAUCAGUUCAUGAAAAUGUGAUGACUAUUAUGAUGAAUAUUUUAACAGCUCAACAAGGAACUGUGGAACAUGAAGGAGAUGAAGUCAAAGAAAAGACACCAAUCAAAGAUGCAUCAGAAAUGGUUGUUGCUUGUUCAAGAUUCUUAUGUUAUUUCUGUAGAACAUCGAGACAAAAUCAAAAGGCAAUGUUCGAACAUUUAUCAUUCUUAUUAGAUAAUGCAACGAUGUUAUUAGCAAGACCAUCUUUGAGAGGAUCUGUUCCACUUGAUGUUGCUUAUUCCUCUUUUAUGGAUAAUAAUGAAUUGGCUCUUGCUUUGAAAGAAGAAGAACUCGACAAAGUUGCAGUUUAUCUUUCAAGAUGUGGACUUCAACCAAAUUCAGAACUUAUUGCAAAAGGAUAUCCAGAUAUUGGAUGGGAUCCAGUUGAAGGAGAAAGAUAUAUUGAUUUUUUGCGCUUCUGUGUUUGGAUUAAUGGAGAAAAUGUUGAGGAAAAUGCAAAUCUUGUCAUUCGUCUUUUGAUUCGGCGACCAGAAUGUCUUGGUAUUGCUCUUAAAGGAGAAGGACAAGGUCUUUUUGAAGCAUUUAAAGAUGCAAUCAUUUUAUCAGAAGAUAUCAGACUUCUUGAAAACGAUGCUCAUCCAUCACAAUUGAAAAGUGGCUUGUUGGGUGAAAAUCCAUCAUACCCAUCCAAAGAAAUUGAAGGCGAAGAUUAUAUUGAUUUCGGUGCUGCAACUCUCGAUUUCUAUUCAAGUCUUGUUGAUUUGCUCGCAAAAUGUGCACCAGAUCCAAUGGCAAUUCAAGCCGGAAAAGGAGAUUCCCUUCGUGCCAGAGCAAUUCUUCGAUCUCUCAUUUCACUCGACGAUCUCGGUCAAAUUCUUAGUCUUCGAUUCACAAUUCCAAAUCUUGCCGCCCCAGCAGUUGAAGGUAAGUUAUGAAUGUUUUGUUUUAGAUUUGUACCGUCCUUGAAAUAACAUUUGUCCACGUCCCAUUUUGUCCCUGAUUUUUAGCAAUCCGCCGCUCAAAAGCCGCUGACACAACUAAAACAGCGUUAGCUCACACAUUUGCUAUGGUUGCAUCCCUAGCAUCAGAUAUGUCAACCCGAAGAUCACAAACUUUUCCAUCUGGUAUUAGCUUAACAAUGAGAGGGUUAGAUUCUCAUUUUGUGUUUUUCGAUUUUACUAACAUUUGUUUUAGAUUACCGUGUGUUGAAGAAGUUGAUUCUGAUCCUUCUAGUUCUGAUUAUGCUAGUGUUCAUACUUCAUUUACGAGUGGUCAAGAAGUUAUUGUCAAAAAACAGAAAGAAGAAGAAAAAGAAGAAUGCGAGCCUAUAUCUUAUCCAAUUGUUCAACGAAGACAAUCUAAUCGUUAUAACCCAGUUGAUAGUGAGAUUUGAUUGCAUGCUUUUAUGUUAUCAUAACAAUAAUAUCUAAACUGAUUUAUAUUUUUCAGAUACUGGUCCACUUCCUGGACUCUUGCCAAAUCACAAAGGAUCAGUCUUAUUAUUCCUUGAUCGAGUUUAUGGAAUUGAUUCACAAGACAUGUUAUUCCAUUUCUUGGAACAAUCAUUUUUGCCAGAUUUACGUGCUGCAACAAUGAUGGAUUCACCAAAAGCUUUGGAAUCUGACACAGCUUUGGCUCUCAAUAGAUACCUUUGCAAUUCAGUUCUCCCACUUCUCACAAAUCAUUCGCACUUUUUCUCGGAUGCUGAACAUCAUUCAGCACUGUUGGAUGCAACACUUCACACAGUUUAUCGAAUGAAUCGAUUGAAAUCAUUGACUAAAAAUCAAAGAGAUGCAGUUAGUGACUUUUUGGUUGCAAUUACAAGAGAACUUCCACCAAAUAUGAUGAUCAAAUUAUUGAAAAAAGUUAUUAAUGAUAUUCUAACAAUGAACGAUAUGAAUGUUCUUGUUCCACUUCGUCUUAUUACUUUGCACUAUGAAAGAUGUGGCAAAUAUUAUGGAUCUGGUAAUCAUUAUGGAGUUGCUAGUGAACAAGAAAAACGGUUAUCUAUGCUUCUGUUCGAUGCAAUUUUUGAUACUUUGGGAAGUCGUCCUUAUGAUCCAGAAUUAUUCGGAAAAGCUCUUCCGUGUAUGACAGCUAUUGGAAGUGCAAUUUCACCAGAUUACAGUUUGACAAGUGGUUUGGAAGAUGUUCGAAGUAAAAAAGUUGAAGAUGAAGGAGCAUGGAUUCCAAAAACUGUUGAUGUUUCAAGAUCCGAAAUUAGUCGAGACCUUGAUAAAAUGACAGAAUUGUUCGCUGAACAUUUUCAUGAUUCUUGGGCAAGUCGAAAAUUGGAAAAAGGAUGGGUUCACGGUGAUUUGUAUUCUCGAGCCAAUUUUACUCAUCCAAGAUUGAAACCUUUCUCAUUGCUUAAAGAUUUUGUAAGUUUAUCUAACUUAGAUUCAAAAAAAAAUAUUUUAAUUUUUUUUAGGAAAAAUCAUUCUACAAAGAGAGAUGUUCGGAAUGCCUAAAGGCUUUGAUGGCAUGGAACUAUUCAUUCGAAAUGUUAGAUCGUGAUGCAAAUGAGAGAGCCUCGUCAACAAGAACAUUAUCAGGAACUUCAAUCACAAAUUUUGCGCCAAAACCAGUUGAUCUUUCAACAAUGACACUUGAAAAAGACAUGGUGAAUGCAGCUGAAAAAAUGGCUGAACACUCACAUUUAAUUUGGGCAAAAAAAGUAAUGAAUGAUAUCAACACAAAAGGUGGUUUUAUGCCAAUUCCAUUGGUUCCUUGGGAUUUGCUCACAGAUUUUGAACGAAGAAAAGAUCGAUUCAGAGCAUCAGAAAUUCUCAAAUUCUUGCAAUAUCAUGGUUAUCAUGUGAAUUGUCCAAAAGAUCAACAAUCACAAUCAGAACGUGCUAAAGUUGAAGGAGAACGUUCGAGCGUCGAAAAACGUUUUGCCUAUAAUCUUCUCGAAAAAUUGAUCAGCGUAAGUAUUCUUCAAACUUUGAAAUAACUUCGUUAAUUUUUACAUUAAUUUUCACAGUAUCUCGAACAAGCCAGUUUGAAAAUGAAAUCAGUGAAACCAAGUCAAGAAUUAACUCGUCGUAACUCAUUCAAAAAAGAAGGACAAGAUGUGAAAUUCUUCGAAAAAGUGGUCCUUCCAUUGAUGCAUGCAUAUUUCAAUGCUCAUAAAAACUAUUUCUUAGAAGGCUCUUCAAUUGUUCAAACUGGAACCGCGAGUAAUAAAGAAAAAGAAAUGGUGGCAAAGUAAGUUUAGAAACGAAAAAAAUGAGAAAUGAAAUAAAACCUGGAUUUCAGCCUGUUCUGUCGAUUGGCUGCUCUUCUUCGUAUCAAAAAUCGUGCAUUUGGAAGUGUCGCAAAAAUUACUGUGAAAUGUUUGCAAGGAUUAACACAAGCAUUAGAUCUUCGCACUUUGGUCAAAGUAAAUUCGGAUAUUGUUCGAACUUCACUUUUGACAUUUUUCAAUAACUGUGCUGAUGAUUUAUAUGCGGCUGUUAAUGAAUUAAAGGUAAGGUAUUUAAGAAAAAUAAAGUUUUUAACUAAAAAUCUCAGCGUUUUGUCUAUUAUGACGAUGAUUAUGACGAAUAUGUAGGUUAUAAAUGUUGUAAAGUGAUUAGUCUGCCAAAAAAAAAUUUCAUAGAAAUUUGUAUGACAUCUUGAUAUCAUUUAAUUUCAGGAUGGUGGCCAAUACGCUCUUAUUCGUGGACAAUCUUUGAAAUCUUGGAACUCUUUCGAAUUCGCAAAUCAGAUGAUUGUUCCAGUAUUAACAACAAUGUUCAGUCAUUUGGCGAGAAAUCAUUUUGGAACAGAUCUUUUAUGUAAGUUUUUAUUGUUAGUUUUACGGAAAAACCAUUCAAUUUUUUAGUGGAUGACAUCCAAGCAGCUUGUUAUAAGAUUCUUGAUUCUUUAUAUAUGGUCACAAGCCUUGGAGCAACAAUUACUCACAGAAAAAGUAUCAGUGGAGAAUCAGAAAAACAUAGACCAGGACUUGGACAAUGUCUCUCGGCCUUUUCAUCGUGUUUCCCAGUUGCAUUCCUUGAACCAGAAUUCAACAAAAGCAAUAAGUUCUCGGUUCUUGCAAAAUCACAAGAUCAAUCAGUGCAAGUUCAAGAAAUGUUACAAAAUCUUUCAACUCAUAUUCCACAUUUGGAUAAACUUUUAGUUGAUAUUGAAACUGUUGCCAACAACAAUACAAUGUAUUCUGAAGUUCCGAAUGUUUACGAUGUUGAUUUACCAUUGAUUUGUUCUUAUAUGGCUUAUUGGUUCAAUGUUGGUCCCGAUGGAAAGAAAGAUAAUGUAGAUCAACGAGCAAGUGCACUUCAAACAACAAGUGUCGGAUGCGAUCAUAUAAAUCGGAUAUUCUGUGCAUUAUUGAAAAUGAUCAGAAAUCAUGUUGGAAUCGAAAAUGCGCCAUGGCUUUGCAGAGUUAAUUGUAAGUGUUUUUUUUAUUUGAAUCUAAACAUAAUCCUCACAAAUUUUGCAGUCUUUGCUGUCCAAAUCAUUCAAAAUGUCACAUGUGAUCCAGUUCGAGAAUUCAUUCUUCCAAUCGCUGAAAGACUUCGUCGAAUGAGUGAGAAAGCAUACAAAGAAGAAGAACAUAUGAGAACACAUCCAGAUGAUGCUGAUGAGGGUACUGUAGCUGAAGACAAUGCUCGACUAGUUCGAGAUACUUAUGCAUUCUUCCCGGUUCUCAUGAAAUACACCGAUCUUCAUCGUGCUCAAUGGCUCAAAGCACCAACUUGGGAAACUGAUGGUGUUUAUGAAAAUGUUGCAGUGAUAUUCCGAAUUUGGAGUCAGAGUCAACAUUUCAAGCGUGAAGAGUUGAAUUAUGUGGCACAAUUUGAGGAAGAAUCUGGAGGCGGUGGUGGAGAAAUGAAGACUGGAAAGGCUGCAAUUGCAGAGAGGAAAAAGAAACGAAGAGAAGGACAGGUAAACACAAUAUUUUGAUAUUAUAGUAACGAGAGAUAAGGUUUAGACUUUUCAGAAGUUUAAAGAUAGGAAAAAAGAUUUCCUUGAUAAAAAUGGGAAACCUGUAAGUUCUAAAUGUCGUGUUGAAAUAAGUUAAAAUUACGAUUAUUUUGAAGAAAUAAUGUGAAAAUCUGAAUUUUCAGAUCAAAAAAGACAAACACGCUUCAAGUAUUGUUAUUGCUUGCCUCAAACGUCUUCUGCCAGUUGGUCUCAAUGUUUUCGGUGGACGUGAACUUGACAUUGUUCAACAAUCCAAGGAAAAAUUCAUUCAAAAAGAGUUGGAAGAAAAAAUUCGAGAAUUCAUCAAAGGUCUUCUUGAUAUUCCAGUGAAAACAGAUCCAACUGACAAAAACGCGUGGCAACUUUCAUUGUAUCGAAAGAUUGGUAAAAGUCAAAUGCGCGGUAAGAAUGAAAUGACUCAAGAUGGAAUUAUUGAAAAGAUUUUCAAUAUGGGACAAGUUACUGCUAUUCUUCAUACCGUGAGUUUUUUUUUCUAGAUUUAAAAUUAGUGAUCCAAAGCCGUCUUCGUUUUUGUUCUGUGAUUUGUUAUGUGUUAGUCUAUGUCCGUCCAUUUUCAGACAACAAGAGCAAAAGAUCGACGAAGAUUAAAUCGUCGAAAUUGGAAGGUAAGUUGAUUAAUUUCGUUUUGUAUAGUUAAAUAGUCUCAACGUGUCAACAUUAUUUUAGUACAACAAAAAAUUAAUGCAAGACGUAAGUGUUAAAUGUUCCUAACAACUUCUCAGUAUUUCACUUUCAUAAAUCAUAAAUGUGGUAAAUUAAAUCUAAAUGUUGUUUAGACAGAACAUCCGAUGCAAUUAUCGCAAGCUUGGAAAAAAGUUGUUUCAACUCAAAGAAAAAGAGCAGUCGUCGCUUGCUUCAGAAUGGUUCCACUUUACGGUAUACCUAGGUAAGAAUUAGAGAUGAUGAUUACCGUAGUAAACUUUUAUGUUAUGUGUGAUGUGUUGUGUAAUUUCGGACGGCAAAGGAAAACUAAUCACCCACUUUUCAUUUUCCCUAAUCUUACCUGGAGCGGUUUAGAUGACUUCUCGAACCGAAAAAGAGGACAUUUGGAAGAAGGUUUUGACACUUCAACGUAAACGAAUGGCGAUUUCAUUGAUCACCGCUUCUCAUCUCUACAAAACUGAGUUGUAAGCUUCUUCUCAACAAACAGUUCUAACAUGUCAAAACUUCUUUUAAUUUUUAAUUUCGGCAGAAAUUCAGUUACUCUCAUAAACUUCUUAACAGAAACUAGGUUAUAGAAAAUUAGAUAAAUUUGACUAAUUUGAAUAUUUCAGACAUCGAGGAAUCAAUUUCUUCCUACCAGCUUUCUCGAGACUCUGGCUCGAAGAAGAAGAUGUUGGACAAGAUCAACUCAUCGCUGAUAUUUGUGUAAGUAUUCAUUUUUAAAGGGUUAAUUAGGAAUUAUUGAUUUUCAGUCCGGAAUGGAAGAAGAUGAAAGUCCACAAAUCGAGAUUAUAGUUGAAGAAGGUGUUGCAAUGGUAGCCACAUCAUCAGAUGAAGGAAAAGAAAAAGAGUAGGUUAUCGUGAAAAAAUCCUCAUAAAAUUUUUAAUUUUCUAGAACAAAUCCGGAUCCAUUAAAACAACUGAUCAGAUGCUUUCAAAGAGCAGCAACAUCAGAAGAAACUGCUGUUAUUGCUAUUCAUGAAGAUUCGCUCUAUAUUAGAUUUGCUGAUGUUAUGGCGAAAUCUAUUCAUAUUGAAGAGGAAGACGAUGGAGAUGGUGAUGAAGGAGAAAUCGAUCAAGCAGCUAAAGAAGAAGAAUCGCAAGCAUUGCGAAGUGAACAAGCAGUGCUUGCGAGUCGUGGAGCUGCUAUUAUGGGUUUGAUGUAUCUCUCUGCUUCUGGUGGUGAACCAAAUGAAAUGGUUGCACAAACCCUCCAACUUGGUAUUCAUCUUCUGAGUGGUGGAAAUGUAGAAAUUCAGAAGAUGCUCAUCGAAUACCUUCAACUCAAAAAAGAUGUCCGAUUCUUCACAUCAAUGGCUGGACUCAUGAAUAAAUGUUCCGUUUUGAAUCUCGAAAUGUUCGAAAGACAGAUCAAGGUAACUUGAGCCGUUUUGUUAUUCACUUACCCUAAUAACCUUCAUUUGUUUAAAAUUUAAAUCUAAAUCUCAAGUUGAAACCUAACAACCGUGUUUUCCGCCCUUCAAACUAACCUUUUCAGCAUAUUGAGGCAGUAGGUACUCAUGCAAUUUCCUCGAAAUGUCGUAGACCUCGUCGUCGAAUUUCCCAGGUUUCUAACAUCAUCGUACAGUAUUUCUCUAUUUUUGCCUGCAAAAACUAACGCUUGUUUUUUCUAUCAGUUUUUCGUUUUCAAAAAACUAAGAAUGCUGUGGAUAUUUUUCUAAACUUUUACAAUAAAAUAUAAAAACUUGUGAAAUUGCAGGCUGAAGGUCUUGGAAUGGGUGCUGAACUUGCAUCUGGCGACAAUCAGAACUUGAAUGAUGCUGAUUUUACAUGUUCACUUUUCCGAUUCCUCCAACUUACUUGUGAAGGUCACAAUCUCGAAUUCCAAAAUUAUCUCCGAACUCAACCAGGACAUACAACAAGUGUCAAUUUGAUCAAUUGUACAGUCGAUUAUCUUCUUCGACUUCAAGAAUCAGUUAUGGAUUUCUAUUGGCAUUAUUCGAGUAAAGAAGUAAUUGAUGAAGGUGGAAAAGAAUAUUUCCUUCGAGCCAUCCAAGUUUGCAGUCAAGUAUUCAACACUCUCACUGAAAGUAUUCAAGGUCCGUGUGUUGGAAAUCAAAUGACUUUGGCUAACUCACGUCUUUGGGAUGCUAUUAAUGGUUUCUUCUUUUUGUUUGCUCAUAUGAUGGAGAAACUUUAUAAGAACUCGACACAACUCGAACUUCUUCGUGAAUUCUUGAAUCUACAAAAAGAUAUGAUUGUUUUGAUGUUAUCAAUGCUUGAAGGAAAUGUUUUGAAUGGAUCAAUUGGUAAACAAAUGGUGGAUGCUUUAGUAGAAUCACAACCAUCUGUUGAAAAAGAUUCUCAAAUUCUCAGACAUGUUCUUAAAAUUGAAAGAUCUCACAACAUCUCAAGCAUUCCAAGAUUUCGAUACAAAUCAAGAUGGAUGGAUUAGUCCAAAAGAAUUCCAACGUGCUAUGGAAAGUCAAAAGAUGUACACUGUGUAAGUUGUAUUACUCGGGAAAAAAGCAAUGGAUCAAUUCAUCUGAAGAAAAAAUGAAUUUCGCGACAUUUUUUGUCGCGAAAUUGCAAUUCGCGAAACGACACGAAAUUAAUAAAAUAAAAGAGGAAAUUCUUUUUUCGUGUGUUGGGUCUCGCAGCGAUUACGUGUCCCUUUAAUGUUUCUCCUUUAUUUUUGUGUUUAUUUCGUGUCGUUUCACGAAUUGCAAUUUCGCGACAAAAAAUGUCGCGAAAUUCAUUUUUUCGUCAAAUGAAUUGAUCCAUAACAAGUUUUGCUACACAAAUCGACUUUUAGCCUGCUUGCUACAAUUUUUAUAAUGGAAAAAAUGUAGCAAGCUUGCUAAAAGUCAGUUUUUCUUGCGACCACUUGCUAUUUAUUUCCCGAGAACGCAGAACCUCCCAAACUACGGUAGAACCCAAGAAACUCACCAAUUAUUCCUGCCAUUUUUUGUUGUUCCAUAGAGGAAGAAUGAACUGGUUCUGAUCUGUAAGAUGAGUAAGAUAAAUUGUAAGAUAAAUAGGGCAUUGAAAAUUAGGUCACGUUUAGCGUGGUUUUUAUUCUUACAAUCUCACAAGAAAACAAGAAGGGAGAGAGGGGUUUAAAUAAUAAUGUGCGAGAUCGAAAUGAAUUUGCCAAGUGAUGAGGGGGGCUGUAAUGCGUUGGAUGGGCGCCUAUUUUCAAUUUAUACCCUAUGUACUAUUUUUCAGCGAAGAUAUCACAUAUUUGAUGAUGUGUACUGAUGUUAACAAUGACGGAAAAGUUGAUUACAUGGAGUUCACAGAAAGAUUCCACAAUCCAGCUAGAGACAUCGGAUUCAAUCUUGCUGUUCUUCUUGUCAACUUAAAAGAACACAUCACAAAUGAUCCAAGACUUGAGAAAAUCAUUGAGAAGGCUCAAACUCUUCUUGAAUAUUUCGAUCCAUUUUUGGGAAGAAUUGAAAUUAUGGGAUCAUCGAAACGUGUUGAAAAAAUCUAUUUCGAAAUUCAAGAAAGUUGGUUGGAACAAUGGGGAAAACAACAAAUCAGAGAUUCAAAGAACUCUUUCUUGUUUAAUGUUUUGCAAGAUGAUGGUGGUGAUCAAGGUAAACUUGAAGCAUUCAUCAAUUUCUGCGAAGAUACUAUUUUUGAAAUGCAACAUGCAGCUGCAAUCUCAUCUGGUGAUAGUGAUACAAAAAUGGAAAGAGCUAUCAAACAACGCGAUUAUUUCCUCCAACAAACAUCAACUGAACAACUUUCUGAAACAUUCAAAAGUGGAUACAAUUAUGGAUUGUCAGCUGCAUCAGCUCUUAGUCCACAAAACAUUUCAACAACUUUCAAAAACGUUGCGGGAGCUGUGAAACAAAUGACAUGGACUCAAUUGAUCUAUUCAAUUUUCCUACUUUUCAUCCGAAUUGGAAUGACACUUGGUUGGGGAGUAUAUUUAUUACUUAUGACAAUAUUCCGAUUCACCUAUUUCCUUACAACAUCAUCUGAAGAUGAAGAAGCUGCGGCAAAAGCAGAAGCUGCUGCAAAAGAAGCAGAAAAACAUCAUCAUUAUUCACCACCUCCAAUGCCAGAAUUCCAUCAUUCUCAUGUUGGUGUAGAUGUGUUUGGUGUUGGAAUGAACUCGGAGAAUAUUCAUACUAUACCAGAUUUCGAACCACCGCCAAGACCGGAUACUCCGGAAACUGUGUUACUAGAUGAUAAAAAUGCUCCCGAACCAUCAGCCGCUUCACCUCCAUCACCACCUACAGCUGCUAGCAAAGCUCCAAGUAUUUAUGAAUCUAUCGGUGCUCCCCAAAUGGUUCAACUUCAAUCAGAAGCCGAAUUCCAACAUGGGCAAUAUGAACCAAAGAUUGCUGAAUCUAACUCAUCAAAAUCUCGUGGAUCUAUUUUGAACAUGCUUGCUAGGAACUUCAAAACUAUUGAGAAAACAACUUUGUAUCUCGCUUUCUUCAUCAAUGUUAUUCUACUUUUCCAUCGUGUUGAUAUAACUCAUGUUGAAACAAGUAAGUUCCCUGUUAACUUACUUACUUUUCGGAGCGAGCAUUUCUAUAAGUAUUAGAAAAUAAAAAUGAGUUUUUUCCUCGUGAAAUUUCAGGUCACGUUUUCAUUGUUUCAUUUUUUAUUUCAACACAACCUUUUUUCAGCCGAAGUUGCAACUGAAGGAGAAGAUGAGGAAGAUAUCGAAUCAAUUUUUAUCACUGGACUUGAAUUUCCAUUUUUGGAAUACGAAAUCACUGGUUGGAUGUUAUCACAAGUUUUAUAUUGGAUAAGUGUUCUUCAUCUCUCAACAUCAUUCGCCCUUCUUGUCUCAUUCUAUCAACUUAAAAUCCCACUCAUCACUUUCAAACGUGAAAAAGAAGUUGCCAGAAAACUUAUGUUCGAUGGUUGUUGGAUAACAGAAGAAGAUUCAGAAGAGUUGGGAAUUGUUGACACAUUUAUGUGGUAUUUGGAUAGAAUUGUUAUUUCUGCCAAAUCAUUCCCAAUGAUGUAUUGGGACAAAUUCGUAAGAAGAAAGACUCGUCAAAAGUUCAAGGAUCAAGUCGAUGAAGAAACAUUAACUUCGAUUCUAGGAGAAGAAAAAAUGUCAACAGAUUCAAGCUACGAUUAUCGAUAUUCAUGUUGGUUAUGGCUCGGAGUAAUCCUGACCAAUGGCCAAUUCUUGUAUCGUGUCGGUUAUCUUCUCUGUUCUGCGUGUGGUGUUUUUAUCUCACCAUUCUUCUACGCUUUCCAUCUUAUCGAUGUUGUGCUCUCAUUCCCUAUGUUAAAGGCUAUUUUGCAAUCCGUUACACACAAUUUACAACAAUUGAUUCUCACCAUCAUGAUGACUUUGGUAGUUGUAUAUCUUUACACUGUCAUCGCUUUCAACUUCUUCCGGAAAUUCUAUGUUCAAGAGGCUGAAGAUGGAGAAGAACCAGAUCGAAAAUGUCACAACAUGCUUACUGUAAGUUGAAAAAAAGGAAUUUUGAAAAUGAAAAUAAAAAUGUGUCACAUUCAUGCUGAAAUUUGAAAAAAAACUCACAAUUGUCAAUAAUUUUUGCAGUGUUUCAUCUAUCAUUUCUACGCCGGAGUGCGUGCUGGUGGAGGUAUUGGAGAUGAACUUGAAAGCCCAUAUGGUGACGAUUUGGAAUAUCCCAGAAUGUUCUACGAUAUCUCAUUCUUCUUCUUCGUCAUUGUCAUUCUUCUUGCUAUCAUGCAAGGUUUGAUCAUCGACGCUUUCGGAGAACUUCGUGACCAACAAGAAUCGGCCACCGAAAAACUCGAAUCAUCGUGCUUUAUCUGCGACAUCGGUAAAGAAACAUUUGAUCGGAUGCCUAGAGGUUUCGAGAUACACACAACCAAAGAGCACAAUUUCGCCAACUAUUUGUGAGUUUUACCUUCAAAAAUUCCGAAAAAUCAACUAACUUAUUAUAACUAAUAUACAAAAACUAACUUAUUAUAAUUCAGGUUCUUCCUACAACAUCUGGUCAACAAAGACGAAACAGAAUAUACUGGUCAAGAAACGUAUGUUCGAGAGAAAUAUGACAAUCGAGAUUGGGACUUCUUCCCAGUCGGAGAAUGUUUCGUCAAACAAUACGAAGAUCAGCUGCUACAAUCAUAA